UUAAAAUACCAGCCAAAAAAAAAUCUUAGAGAGAUUUUAUUCUUCCCUGGGGGGGCAGAUUUGCUGUCCUUCUCAUUCAAUUUUCACUGGCGCAAAACCUUCAGAAGUCUGGGGGUCUGCAGGUUCCCGUCCAGAGGUACAAAAAAACAAAACAAAAAAACAAUCCAUCAAGAUUGUCCAGAGACUCCCAGCGGGACACCUGGAAUUAAUAAAAACCCAGAUGUGCACAGACUCCUCCCCCUCCCUCUGUGAAAACAUUCCAGCCUGAUUCGGAGUGCCUCAUUCGCACACAGCCAGUCGCUGGUACAGGACAGAGCCACGCUGCCCAGCCUCUCCCCAGCACCAUGGCACUCCGAGCACUGUGCCUCCUUGCUGCCCUCACCCUGGCCUGUGCCCAGCACCAAACUCUGAUGGAAUACAUCGAGAGAAGGAUUCUCUCAAUAGAGGACCGCAUCUCCGCGUGGCACGACAACACCAACCGUUACGCCGUGGAGCUGCGCGAGUUCAAGCAGCAGAUCGUGAGCCUGAUGGAGACCCUUGAGAAGGAGCGGCAGGGCCUGCGCUCGGAGCUGGAGAACACCAACACACGCGUGGAGCGCAUGGAGCGGGAACUGGACUUCCUGGAAACUCAGAACCACGCCCCGCCCUGCGUGGAGGUGGACGACAAGCUGGUGGAGCAGCAGGUCAGAAAGGCGAAGGAGAAGAACAAGGUGAAGUACGAGAGGCUCACAGACUGCAGGGACAUGAUAUCCAGCAUCAAAUCCAUGAAGAUCCUGAAGAGGCUCGGUGGUGCGAUGGGUGUGUGGGCCAAAGAUCCGGUCGUGCAGUCGGGGGAGAUCUACAUCUUCAACAGCUCGUCCGGGGACACGCUGCACCAUUUCAAAACGGUGCGCGACUUCACGGCUUCUGCAGGAACCUCGCGGGCCAAGAAGGUCAAGCUGCCCUUCCCCUGGGGCGGCGCGGGGCACACAGUCUACGACGGGCACAUCUACUACGUGAAGGAGGGGCAGGACUUCCAGGUUAUCAAGUACGACCUGAAGAACGAGACGGUGGUGGACAGCGUUGUCUUCCCAGCGGAGGAGCAGGUCCCCGUCUAUGGGCUUUCCCCCGAGACCUUCAUCGACCUGGCUGUGGACGAGGAAGGACUCUGGGCCAUCUAUGCCACCAAGGAGAACGAGAAGAACAUCUGCCUGGCCAAGAUGGACCCCAAGACGCUGGCUAUUGAGCAGAUGUGGGACACGCCCUGCCCCCGGGAGAACGCGGAGGCGGCCUUCGUCAUCUGUGGCACGGUGUACGUGGUCUACAACACCAAGCUGCCCAGCCGCUCGCGGGUCCAGUGCGUCUUCGACGUCAGCGACAUGGUUACCAACGACGACGCCCCUUUGGUGUACUUCCCCAGACGCUACAGCUCCCACGCCAGCCUCAAGUACAACCCCCGGGAGAGGCAGAUCUACGCCUGGGAUGACGGCUAUCAGAUUCUUUACAAGCUCGACCUGAAGAAGAAGCUGGAGGUGUGAGCCCUGCAAAGGGCUCCUAGGAACUGGGGGUGGGCGGGUGAGGAGCUAGGCUGGCAUUGCCCUCUCCAAACAGUACACUGUUACCUAUAAUAUAACGGUAAGCCACUGACAGUGAAGUGUGUUUUUAGAAGGUUUUGUAUGAUUGUAAAUGGUGCAGUGGGGCCUGUUUCCUGUCACCAGGGUCUCUAUAGUGGUUUCACAGAGUGGGACUCUUUCAUAACGUUUCUAUACCUUUACCACUUGCAGUCCUCUCUCACCACUGGCAAUGCAGCAGUGACAUCAUUUACUGUUCACUGUGCGGUGAUGAUCUGCGAUGCAUUUGAACAGCGUGGUUUGUUUUUGGCUGUCUUUGCAGUUCACCUGUUAAUGUUGAUGGGGGGGGGGGACAAAAUGGUAUUCCUAUCAAAGAAUGUUUUGUUUCUUCCCAGUUGUGUUCCUCUGUACUCUUUUCAAGGCUGCAAGGUCUUCAGUGUUUUUGUAGAAAAAUAAAUAGCGACUAAACGUCAAGCCAUUCUGUGUAACGAUGUAUUUUUGUUAAUAAAUAAAACCCAAGA